AUAAGGCUGGUCAAGCGACAUUAGUCAUUCAAUAAAAUUACUUACCUCAUUCAGUUUCCCCUUUGAUGCCAUUUUCAGGAAAACACACCUCACGAUGAUACCAUCCAGAAGUAUCAGCUAAUUUGGUUUGACAACAAUUUUAUUAAAAGUACAUAAGCCGCUGAGAACUAAUCAAAAAUUAACUUUAGAAAAUAAGUACACAAACACAAUUAAUGAAUAAACGAUGGUACACGUUUCAGAUUCUAGACAACGGAUGGAAGUAAAAACAAAACAGGUGAAGAAAGAACAGAUUACAAACUUAUCAAAACUGUUAAGUGUCGAUCCUGAGAAAUAUUUUGAAAACCUGAAACUGUACCUGGAAACUGAUUCAACAAAUGUGACCUAUGAAGUAGAGGGAAACAAAUUUGUCCUAUAUUAUAAAACUGGGAGCAAUAUUAAAAUCAAGUAUUUCUUCCAUGGUUUGCAUCCAGUUGACUAUUUUGCAACGGUAGAUGGCCUACUGCAUGAAUUCUUCAAGGAUCGUGCCCUAUACUUAAAUGAAGUUACCAAGCUUCAAAGCCAAAACUCAGAAUUAGUAAAAUGCAAGUGACUUGAGAAUGUGAUUGGUUUUAGCUCUUAUACCAUAAAAAGAUGAAUUCGACAAAAGCAAGAAAACAUUUUUCUAAAACUUUCUUUUGUAGGCAAAACAUUACUUGAAGAAAAGCUGCUAGAACUAGUGACUCGCAAAAAACAAGAGGAAGAAAAAUUGUACAGUAGCUUUGUACUUGUUUUAAAUGAGAAAAAAAGACAAAUUCAACAUUUGAAUGAUCUCUUAGAAGCAUUCCGAAAGGGAAGACCUACUCUGAAUCCCCCAGUUUCAGUUAAAAAGAGAAACAAGAAAAUUGUUGAAUCCAGCAAGAAAGCCAAGGUUGAAAUCAAAAAUGAAGUCUCAAGUUCUGAUGAUGAUGAUGCAAAUGAAUAUGACACUGAUGAAGAAAAACUAAAUGAAGUUGCAAGAGUAUGUGAAGACAAUUAUGUUCAACCAAGUACUUCUAAAGAACAUUUUGAGCCUUGGAAUGGUCCUGAAUCUGGCUUAUUACCAAAAGUAGAACAAAAGACAGAAGUAAUAGAUUCUGAUAAAGAAGAUAUAAAUUUUAGUCUGCUGGAUAGUGAAGGUGAUGAUAAUGCACCCUCUCUGCCAAAGAAAAAGAAAAAAGUCUGUAAUGAUGAAAAACCAGUUGCUACUUUGGAUAAACAGGGACAGAUUAACCAUAAAAUUCUGAAUGAUGAUGAAAAACAUCAAUUUCCAUCAAAGAUAAGAAAAAAUAUUUGCAGAACAUCUGACAAGAUAAGCAGCUUCGUAGUUGAUACAUCUAUGGACCAUGAAGACAGAAUAGGGACUCAUGCUUUCAGCACAUUAAGCAACAAUUCAUUUAUAAAAAGUCCCGGUACUGUGUGUAGCAUCAAAGAAGACCCUAUUGAAACAUCUGUUACAUAUGAUACCCAAGAGUUAUUAGAUAGGAUAUGAUAUGAAUACCUGAAAUUUAUUUUAUCUGUUAAUGUAAGAGGCAUAUUUUUAUAGAGACCAAUGCUUUUACAUAUUGUCUUUUAUUAUAUUUUAUUAUGAAGCUGUGAUGUUAUUUUAAUUAAAUUUCUAAUAUCA